UACUCAACAUGAAAGACUUGAAGCGAAGUCUAUGUUCUAUGUGAGUGACCUCAGCUGACUGAUGUAUCAGUCAUCCAAAAUGGCGUUCCGCGGAGGGAACGAUGAUUCCAAAUCAAAACGCGUGCUGAAACUAGACUUCACCCGCAUCCCCCCUCAAAAUGACAGUGACGGCAACGAAGAAAUGCAUGUUGGGAUGUCAUCAAGCAGACUAAGUCUGGUAACCAGCCCCAGUAAUUCCAGCAUCAGUAGCACGCACAGUACACAAAGUAGCAAUGGUGGCAGCAGCAAUCAAAGAUACGAGUCACAUCUAGACAGAAUGCGUUCGCGUAGCCUGGACUCCAUAGGCAAGCUGAGCAUAUCAGCUGUUGAGACGUAUGACUUCACAUCCGAGGAUCUGGAAGACAGAGGAGAAAUUGGGCGUGGGGCGUUUGGCUCUGUUAGUAAGAUGUGGCACUCGCAAAGCAAUACCAUCAUGGCAGUCAAGCGAAUCCGGUCAACUGUGGAUGAGAAGGAACAGAAGCAGCUACUCAUGGAUCUGGAUGUCGUAAAGAGGAGCAACCAUUGUCCAUGCAUCAUCAAAUUCUACGGAGCACUCUUCAAGGAGGGUGAUUGCUGGAUAUGUAUGGAACUGAUGGAUACCUCAUUAGAUAAAUUCUACAAAUUUGUGUGUGACGAUUUGAAGAGCCGCAUCCCAGAACCAAUCUUAGGCAAGAUCACUGUCUCGACCGUCACAGCACUGAAUUACCUGAAGGAUGAGCUCACAAUCAUCCACAGAGACGUGAAGCCGUCAAAUAUUCUCCUCGACACCAAAGGCAACAUCAAGCUGUGUGAUUUUGGUAUCAGUGGGCAGCUAGUAGACUCCAUUGCCAAGACACGAGAUGCAGGAUGCAAACCCUACAUGGCACCGGAGAGAAUAGAUCCAUAUGUCUCCAAAGGAGGGUAUGAUGUCAGAUCGGACGUCUGGAGUCUCGGCAUCACAUUAAUUGAGCUGGCCACGGGCAGAUUCCCCUACCCCAAGUGGAACAGCGUCUUUGAUCAGCUGGCUCAGGUAGUCAAGGGUCCCCCACCGCGGCUGGUCAGUACGCCAGAUAUGCAAUUCUCUGCUGAAUUCACAGACUUAGUCAGCAACUGUCUAAAAAAGCUGGAAGACGACAGACCAAAGUACAACAGACUACUGGAGCACCCAUUCAUCAAGAGAUAUGAACGACAGGAGGUUGAUGUCGCUGGCUAUGUCUCACACAUCGUUGCACAGAUGAACGAAUCAGGAAAAUUGUACAACACAGAUUACUAAAUUGUCUAUUAACAUGAGGUAGGGUGAUUUUUAUCUCGCUUCUUUUAUCUCCCAUUGAGGAAUAAGUUGUACAGUGUAGCUCAGUUUUUAUGAAGACACAGCUAAAAGUUGGGUCAAGUUUUGGGCCAGCUUGGACAAAACUUGAGUUGUAAGCUUUGGAAAUCAUGGAGAAAGAUGGAAAACAUGGAUUAUAAAUCAUGGUUCUCGGUCCUCACAUUAUCAAUACUGAAUGUGGGGCAGGAACCAACCAACCCUCCGAGAAUGGAAUAUGCCUCUGUACUGAUGAUGUCAUGCUUUGUUUACAUGCGUGCUUUCUUAUGAGAGCCCGGUGGGAAUGACGGUUUCGUACCCAGUAGAAAAGCGUACAAGUAACAAAGUGUGACAUCAUCAUUAGUACAGAGGCUUAUUAUCGUUAGGCCGCAAGAAAUUUGAAUCUUGUAAAGUAAUAAUAAUUCAAAAACUAAUUUUGGGCAGAUUUUUGUUCAGGCGAUGUAUCAUUCAAAAGGUGAAUAACGUUUGAAUUGUUAGAAAUACAUCAAUUUAGAAGAGGAAUGUAAUAUUCGGCAUGAUACUUGAAAAUAGCACGGGGAAUUCAACAUUAACCGGGGUUCUUGAGUUGCGUUGAACUAAAAAGUAUUAGGAGUGGCUCAAGUCUGCCCAAAAAGACAUUGGUUUCAGAUGGGCAAGCCUCAUGUAUUUAUUCUCCCAACUCACUAGCUUGCCCUGAUGGGACUCGAACCCACAACCUCCUUCUUACUAGCGCAGACGUUUGAAGAACAGCUUGCCCUCAGCAUGCAUUUGUUUUUCUUUUAAUAAGGUUAACUUACUUCUAAUCUAAUCUGAGGUAAACCUGUAAGAUCCUAUUAAAGUACGUUUUUUUGCUGUAGGAAUAACUGUACAAAAAAUCAAUCAAAAAUGUACCCAGUAUUUAUCACAUGUAGAGGAACCGCGCAUAUUUAAUGACACGCUUACAAAGUAAGCUUGUGUGAAUUCGAAGUGUCUUUGCUGCAGAGAUUACACAUCAAAGAUGAAUGCAAGCGAAAUAACAUUCAUAAAUAUUUCAUUAAAAAUCUUAUUCAAUAUAACGAUGAGGCAUUCUUCAAUGGGCACUAAUAAAGAGUCUCUGAACAUAACAUAGAAAAUCUUACAGUAUCUUAUGUAAAUAAACAAAAUCAAGGUAUGCAUAUGGGUAAUACGCAUUUCUGGGAGUAUGUUACCUCCAUACUUAAUCUCGUGAUAAAAUCAAGAGUUUAAAGACAAGUUUCAUGGCCUGUACGUGGGACCUUGGCUAGGAAAAGUUCAAACAGAGGCUCUACUGGCAAGCUUUGGUCAAUUGAAUGGAUUCUUGUGUACGAUAUAUGCUGUAGCUUAGCAACCUACAUGGUAAUCACAGGCGGAUCUAGAAGGUUUCCAAAGGGGCGGUCCCCAAAAGAGGGGGGGGGGGCGGGUUUCAGCGGCCCAAGGGGGGGGGGGGCGCUGAUGCCCAAGCUUAUGUAGAAUUUAAGCAUUUUCAGACUUUUUCCAAAAAGAGCUUCAAAAAUAUAGCUUAGAGAUCCACGCAAAGUUAGAAUGAAGCUGCAAAUCGCCGUACCACCAAUAGCCAAUGAGAUAUGUGAGUAUUUAACCCUCAGUCAACAAAAAAGAGUUCUUGCUUAUUAAUAUUUGGUCAGUAAUAAAAACAAAACAACAGUAGGAACGAUUGUAAAGUACAUGUAUGUGUAUAAUUCUUACAACAGUAAACUAUUAUGCAUGUGACGGGAUGGUGUUUUUUUUUAUCAAAGAAUCAGAUGUGAAGAUUGCAACUAUUUAGUACAUCUGAAUUUGUGAAUGAAGUGUAUUUAAGAUGACAGUAUUAGCUCUGCAGACUGUGAUUGAGUAACAACUAGCUUCCAUGUCCUUAUGCCUGUCUAAAGUUGAUUUUUGUUCCGUCAUAUUUUGAACUUGUAAGAUAGGUCUAUGUGUUUCAUUAGAUCCUUUUUGUUCUGGUAAUGGCUGAAAUUUCUGAGACAAAAAGGUGAAGUUGUUAAACUUGGGUCUAGUGCUGUUUGUUUUCCGCUAGUGAUUAGAGUCCCUUUGAAACAGUGUUAAACGUCCGAUGUCCUCAACAUGACUUUCUGAAUAUUAGUUUAGCUUUCAUGUUGUACCAGCACUAAGAAGAAGCAUGCUUUGGCAUGCUGUUGAUAUUAUCACAAAACACCUUUACCAAAUUUGGUUGCAAGAUAAAACAGUGUCAUUUGGUAGUUUCUAAUAUACAAUAUCAACCUUAUCGUCCAAAGUGCUAUAAACUAAUGUGCUUUAUAGCAGAAGAAAGAAUAGAUCCACAUAUAGACCAUUUGCACUGCAGCCAUCUUGGAGGUAUGUGCUUUUGUUCAACAGGGACACGCAUAAGUAGACCUCUAGCGCAUUCAUUGUUAAUGAAUAACAAAACACCCUUCAAAGAUGGCUGCUCAAUGCAAUCAAUCUAUUGUUAUGCAGUGGUUUUGAACUGAACUCGUCUAAGCAAAAAACAUAUAGGUUUCCCGGCCAAUUUCCUAAAAUGCUCAUUCGCUUAUGAAAAUCGGUCAUUCAUUUUUGUCUGAAUUUGAGAAUCGCUCUGAACACGCGUUUCAUUUUCGCAACCAGAGUAUUCGAAUCCAUUUCGGUUCAAUCAAUUAAGUGAUUGAGCAGCAACUAUCGUUCAUGUUUAUUCAGAUUCGUUUACAAGACUUCUUUUCGCUUUUAGAGGGCGAUUUCAAAGCUGGACCAUUCUAUUUCACUUUCAGUUUAAUGUUCUGUUAUCUUAUCUGCUAUUUUGAAUGAG